AAACGAGUAGACUUGCUCAACAUGACCCAUGUAAUAAUUCAGAUCAGCACACUCACCGAACAGGAGGGUGAGAAAUUGAUGUUAUUGGAGGAAGCCGUUGGAGAUCUUCAUGUCACCGCCACCAGUCCAUUAAAUGCGACAUCAACCAAGCCAUUGAUACAAAAGGCUAUGCCUGCACUGCGCGAGCUUUACAAUGAGAAGACAACCAAGCCAUUGAUACAAAAGGCUAUGCCUGCACUGCGCGAGCUUUACAAUGAGAAGACAAUCGAUCAACAUUUCAAACCAAUUUCUUUUUCAUUUGGUCCCCUCCACCAUGUGAAAAAGCUUACACAGGGCUCGACAUUUGAAAAGGCUGAGAAGUUCAAGCGACGACUCGCGGCGAUGUUCAUCAGCUAUAGCGGGAAUCAGAAGGAAGUUCUCUACGAAAAUGUCAAGAAGGAGAUACACAGCUUGAGGAACUGCUAUGACCCCAUCGAAGUUGUUGAUUGGGAAGAUGAGGAGUUGGCUUGCAUGUUCCUUGUGGAUGGCUGUGCUUUGUUGCAUUUCAUAUUGCUUGCCGUCCAAGGUACGUGGGAGGAGUUGGGUGGUAAGAAUGAUCAAUGCCUCUUUAUGAUUCAUGAUUUAUUCUUACUUGAGAACCAACUGCCCUUCCAACUCCUUGAGAUAUUGAUAUACUCCUGCAUCGAAGACCCACAUGAACGAAGACGAAGUCAUCGGGAGGAAUUGAAGGAUUCGAUCGCCAAAUUCAUCAACAAGCCUCUCUUGAGUCCGGUCAAGGAAAUAUCAAUACCAAUUUAUGAUCAGGGUGAUUCUCAGACUCAUCAUUGUCAGCGACAACGACAAGAAGAGCCUGUUCAUCUUCUGGCACUGUUGCGAAGAAAAUUGAUAGGACAAGGAGUCAAAUCAAAAGAGAAGCCGAAGGAAAAGGAUGGUCUUCUGGAGAAACUGAUGAGGAAAUGGUGCUCUUCUGAUAAUAAAAUCAGAGAACUGCCCUCACUUCGCAACGUAAAGGAGCUGAAAGCCAAAGGUAUUCGUUUUAAACAGAGGGAAAAGAUUGAUGGCAUCACAGACAUUGAUUUCAACCACCGUUCUUGCAUGCCAACCCUUAGGCUGGCUCCCAUUUUAAACCAACUGCCCUUCCAACUCCUUGAGAUAUUGAUAUACUCCUGCAUCGAAGACCCACAUGAACGAAGACGAAGUCAUCGGGAGGAAUUGAAGGAUUCGAUCGCCAAAUUCAUCAACAAGCCUCUCUUGAGUCCGGUCAAGGAAAUAUCAAUACCAAUUUAUGAUCAGGGUGAUUCUCAGACUCAUCAUUGUCAGCGACAACGACAAGAAGAGCCUGUUCAUCUUCUGGCACUGUUGCGAAGAAAAUUGAUAGGACAAGGAGUCAAAUCAAAAGAGAAGCCGAAGGAAAAGGAUGGUCUUCUGGAGAAACUGAUGAGGAAAUGGUGCUCUUCUGAUAAUAAAAUCAGAGAACUGCCCUCACUUCGCAACGUAAAGGAGCUGAAAACCAAAGGUAUUCGUUUUAAACCGAAGGAAAAGAUUGAUGGCGUCACAGACAUUGAUUUCAACCACCGUUCUUGCAUGCCAACCCUUAGGCUGGCUCCCAUUUUAGUGGAGGACCAGACCAUACCAAUUUUGCUGAACUUGAUAGCAUACGAGAUGUGUUCAGAUAUAAACGAGUGUGAGAUCACCUCGUACAUAGCCUUUCUCGAAUCCUUGAUCGAUAGUGGGGAGGAUGUGAAGGAACUGAGAGAUGCACGUGUGCUGUUCAACAAACUUGGAAGCGAUGAAAAUUUAGCAGAGAUGUUCAACAAGAUCAGCAAGUACCUGGCGCCGAAUCCUGAGAAGUACAAAGGCUUGAAAGGUCGUAUCCAAGACCACUGCGACUUAGUAUGGGCCAGCGACGUUGCUUACUUCUAUAACACCUAUUUCAGGACUCCCUGGAGCUUCUUGGUCUUCCUCAGUGCCGUAGCCGGUCUCCUUAUGACAGCUCUGCAGACUUAUAGGAGCUUCAACAAACCAACUGGCUCCACUCGACAUUAAUAAUUGCUAUUACCAUCCCUACUUAGUUUGAU